GUAUGUAUGUAUGUAUGUAUAUAUAUUCCUGAACAAAAUCUUAAGACCAGGGAAAAUAUUACAAGCUGUAAUGAGUCUGUCUGUGUUUUGCCCUGUUUCUGUCUGCUGUCUGCCGUGCUGUUAAUUGUUUGCUCCGCUCACUCAUUGGUUACCAUGGACACUAAUUGCACUCUAUCUCCCCCCCAGGUGUAUCAUGUUAGUCACUGAUUGUCUCUGCUUGGUGAUUGGUUCCUGCUUGCUAUAUCUACCCUGUUUGUGCACUUCCCUGGUGUUGGUCGUUGUUGUAUGUUGGUGUUGAUGUUCCCGUUUCCUGUGUGCUCAGUAUUCUGCCCUGUUUUGCCUGCCCGUUUGUUUGCCUGUUUCUUGUCUUGGUUUAUUAAAAGUCUAAACUGCACUUGGAUCCUCACUCGCCUUUGUCUCGUCGUGACACAAGCAUUUACAGUACACUUUGCACUGGUGGAUUGUAACUAGGUUGUAAGUACUUCUUCAAAAUGCCAAAAGAAGAAACGAGCAAGAGAUAACAAAUAGAGAGUAGGCAAUUUAUCAAAAACUACAUUUAAACUCAAACAUGAUCUCCUGAUGGCAAAAGCAAAAAGGCUUUCUUUUUUUUUAACGUGGCAGGAUUGUUGAGCUGCAGAAGCAAGGGCUAUUGCAGCGUGCUGUCCCAAGGUUGGGACGCAGUAAGAUCAUCUUUUAAAUUUCUUAAAAGAUCCUGAGUUAUGGGAUAAAAAAAACAAGUGGUAGACCCAAAAAAAAUUCACCUGCACUGAGCUGGAGGAACCGACGGGCUUUCCGUGAAGACACAGGCCGAUCCUCCAACCAAAUUAAGGCCAUUACUGAUACUGUCUGCAGUCCAAUAACCAAUAUCCUUCAAUUGGAAAAUAGAGCUUCAGGUUGUGUUCCCCUGAUCUAAAUCCCCUUGAGAAUGUUUGGGGAUGGAUGGCAUGGGAUGUUUACAAAAAUGGUUCCCAUUUCCAGACUGUGGAUUCAUCUUCACCACAUGGAGCAAUGUUCCCACCAGCCUCCAGGAAGCAGUUGCAUCGAGCAGGAAACAAGUGUUAUCGAGCAGGAAACAAGUUAUCAACAAGAAUGUGCUGCGUAUCCAGUGCAGCCUUCCUCCUGGCAGACUCAUGGAAGCAACUCCUGCAGCAUAUUGAAUUGAUUCACAUCAAACACAAGUUUAUCACUGAACUGAUCGGUCAUCUUAAUACCAUUUGGGAAGAGAGUUUCCAGGAAACACCAAAUCCCUCUGUCUUCCCGUCAGGCCCCUCCUCCCCAAGAGCUCUACUUACCUACACCUCUGAUGUCCUUUCUAAAUGGCUGGCCUUGAACUGCCAUGUUGAGAUAUGUGUAUUCCUCUCUCCAACUCCUCAGCAAGAAAAAGAACACAGUGGUAUUGACAGAGAACCGGCUGAGGAGGAGUCCAUAUAUGGGACAGAAGGAGAAAGAGGAAAACGGUGGCUUACUGUCGUUGCAAAUAACGGGGAUGUGGGGUCGUCUGCUUGUCCAUCCUUCUUCCUUUGUAUUCUUUGUUGUCUGAGGAUGCUGCUGGAUGUAAUGCUGAAAGAGCUUGGAUGAGGACGGAGCUUCAUCCUGAUUGGAAAACUGAGAGAUUGUGGCUAAUAUGCCAUGACACUUAGCUACUGUGGUAAGCUUAGUAGACUGUAUUCAGUCAGAUCAACAUUUAUAUGUAAUGAAGAAGAUGUGUUUGCUGCUUCUUGGUGCUGAGGAUUGAAUGGUGGUCAGUUAAUAGCUAUGGCAUCCCUUCUUAGCUUGUUCCAUAUAAACCUUGAGGCCAGUGGAUCCUACGAUAGAAAGCGGUGUUUCAGCAUGCAAAAUGUUGAUUGGUAGAAAUAUUUUUCAGACACAGUCUUCAGUAAACACUUUGUCUCGUGCAGGAUCCUGCGAGCAGAUGAGCGAGGUGGUAAUACACCUCAGAUAAGAUGCCAGUUCAUUGAUAAGCAAAGAAGUACUAACAUGAUAUUACAGUGAUAUUACAGUGUCAUUCUGAUUCAAAAUAACAUCUAGAAUACAGAAAUGCUAAAAAAAAGGGAAUAUAAAUAAGGUCCAAAGCCCAUAGGCUUCAUUUAACUUUAAGCACUUUACUAACCAUAGUAUAACAUUUACUAUAAAACAUGCAGUUUUGUAGAACGGUUGUCAGGUUUACAGUAGUUUUGGAUCCUCCUGAACUUAUAAUACAAUCCUAGUGGAUUUAUCUCCAAUAGGAAAACUAUUGAAUGUUUAGAUUAUUAUUAUUAUUUUUUUAAAAGAUCGUUUGCAUGCAUUUAAAGGAACAAAUGCUGAAACCCGUGUCCGUGACUCAUUUUGUAUGGUUUUCUUUGUCCUGAGGAUGACAGAUAAAGGCAAGGAAUAGUUUGAACAGGACAGUGUGUAAAUAUAGUGUAUAAAUAGUGUACACCCUCAUUCUAAACACAUUUUGAAAGGGAAGGAAACCAACGGUUCACUUACCCCACUGUGUAGACACUAACAUUCUGAUAAUCCAGACAAAUCCUUAGGCCCGAGGGAAUGUAAAAGGCAAAAUGAAGGUGUACUUGUAUAUGAAAUUAUUUUGGAGGUUACAGCAACUGCAUCAAACAGCAUCCUUUUUGCCUUUAUAAGUCCUCCGUCAUAUUUCUAAAUAGCUGCUGUAAAAGCUUUGUCGAAUUCAGAAACUUGUCAUCUAAUGAAUAUUGUGGAAAAAAUCAAAUCCAAAUUCAAAUUUAUUUGUAUAGCUCUUUUAACAAUGGAAAUCGUCUCAAAGCAGCUUUACAGAAUAUGGACAUUAAACAAAAAGUUAAUAUAAAUAUUAAUAUAAUAGAAUAAUAUUAGACUUAUAUUACGUGUUUGCAUUUAUCCCCAAUGAACAAGCCUGUGGUGACAGUGGCAAGGAAAAAAUCCCUUAGAUGGUAAAGGAAGAAACCUUGACUCUUGGAACCUCAUCCUCAUUUGGGUGACACUCUAGGGUGCAAUUAUAAAUAUACAGUUCGACAAUUGUGUAUUGAUGAGGAAUUUCUUGUUUUCAAAGACCACAUGUAGUAGACCACAUCUCCUCUUAGAAUGUCAGAACAUUUUAUGAAGCAGAGUCCAACUGGAGCGGGUACAUCUCUAGAUGCCUCAGGAUCCUCACAGGGUUAGCCUCAUCUCAAUGAAAUCGAAAAUCUGACAAAAAGUCUUCUAUAUUUUCACUGCAAUAAUAAUUUUCAUCCCUGUUGGUUGUGUUUUUGUCUUGCUAAAGGACAUUCCUUUAGUGUGGUGCAGGGUGUGACCUUCUAACUACAUUUUUUAAAUAAUUUCUUUACCAAUUUUUUGACUGUAUGACUUAAUCUUCCAAGAUUGCACAAUUAAAAAAGUAUGAUUACAGGAAAAGCUCAGUAUUAACACCAGUGUCACAUGAUAUGAAAGCAUUGCAUUGAAAAUAACCCAGUUGCAAUAAGCUUAUAGAGAUCAUGUUAACUCUGUACACAAGUGUUCAAAAUAUUAUCAACAGUAUUUCAGGAACAGUUCUGCAUUGUUAUAAUGUUUACAUGAUUGAAACCGAUGGCUUGGAUGCUACCGAUAAAUAGCUCAUGUUUUUAUCUGAUACUAUAUAUCAUGCAAAUGAAUCAAUGUCUUUGUAUGGUUUGAAGAUAAAUACAUGUAUAUGGAAUGUACAGAAUCUGUGUAUAUAUCUAAUAUACAAAUUGUGGAGAAAGAAAUAAGUAAACAUUACAAGUGUUAAUAAAAUAUGCAAUACACAA